UUAGCUAAUAACCGGUAAAUUAAUUUUUAAAAAUAAGAUAUUAAAAAUUCGGAAAGUAAAAAGGUAAACGAAUUAUUGAACUGCAAUGAUUCUGUGAGCUACAAAUUCAGAGCUAAUAGAUCGCACCUAUUGACUGCAUAAUGUAAUCUGUCGCCGUGGUAACAAAGCUCUCAUUCACAUUGUAAGUAAAUCCAACGCGUUCCUCAUUCACGGCCGAUUUAUCAAUAAAUAUAAAAUAUUUGAAUUGUUGUCCUAAAAGUUACUUGAAUAUAAGAAAAGUCCUUUGCUACUUUUUUUUCUUUCUCUGUAAUGAAAGCAACUAUAUGAAACAAUUUCUAUUUCUAUGAUCGAGAAUACGACUAAAAGAAUAUAAAUGGUACCAUUACAGUUGAACAUUGCAAUCACUAUCAUCGAAUAGUUACAACCGUUGGUGUUAUUUUUCCGGUUGCUACGACAAAUUAUUUAGUAUUUAUCAAAAUAAAAUAUUUUUUCAGCGUGCAACUUCCUUUCUACGAAGAUUUUAUCUUCUAAACUGUUUGUCAACGUGAAGAGCAAAAUUUUUGUGUAAAGUGCGGGUAGGUAAUGUGUGUAUGAAGAAGAGCGGAUAAAAAGAAAAAAACCGAAUAGAAUCAUGUCAGGAAAAAGAAUGGCCAAAAAGCUCUCAGAAAUUGACACGCACAUUACGAAACAUUAUGACAUUGUUCAUCGUCUCGGUAAAGGGGCAUAUGGUAUCGUAUGGAAAGCAAUUGAUAAAAGAAGAAAAGAAAUAGUGGCUGUUAAAAAAAUUUUUGAUGCUUUUAGAAAUCAAACCGAUGCUCAGCGUACAUUUCGAGAAAUUGUCUUUCUACUAUCGUUUUCUAAUCAUGAAAAUAUUAUUCAACUAAUUGGUUUGCAUAAGGCAAAUAAUGAUCGUGAUAUUUAUCUUAUUUUUGAAUAUAUGGAAACAGAUCUUCAUAAUGUGAUAAAACGAGGUUCCAUUUUAAAAGAUAUUCAUAAAGUUUACAUUAUGUACCAAUUACUUAAAGCUAUCAAGUAUAUUCAUUCUGGUAAUGUCAUACAUAGAGAUUUAAAGCCUUCAAAUAUCCUGUUAAACGUACAGUGUCACUGUAAAAUAGCAGAUUUCGGCUUGGCUCGUUCAAUAAAUCACCUGGGGGAAGGAGAUGGCGAGGCUGGAAGUGAUCCCAUAUUAACUGAUUAUGUCGCUACUAGAUGGUAUAGGGCACCAGAAAUACUUAUGGCGUCAAAAAGUUACACGAAAGGAAUUGACAUGUGGUCACUUGGUUGCAUCUUCGGUGAAAUGUUACUUGGAAAACCUCUUUUUCCUGGUUCUUCAACGAUCAAUCAGGUAGAAAAAAUUAUGGUAACAUUACCACCACCCACAGUAGAUGACUUAGAUUCGAUAAGCGCAGGUUAUGGCUCAAAUUUAUUACAAAAAUCUCCAACAAGCCCACAUAAAUCAUUGGAAGAACUUUUACCCUAUGUAUCUAAAGAUGCUUUGGAUCUUAUUAAUAAUUUAAUUGUUUUUAAUCCAAAUCGUCGUUUAACUGCCACUAACGCAUUAGAACAUCCAUAUAUAGCAUGUUUCCAUACAAGAGAAAAUGAGCCUGAAAGAGGUUCAAGCGUUAUUCCUUUUUUAAGAGACGAUGUUCAAUUAUCGGUUGAAGAGUACCGUAGUAAAUUAUACGCCAUGAUGGAUGAAAAACAUCGAAAAUACAAAAAUAUAAAAUCUUUUUUCAGGUCCAAAUCUAGAAUUAGAGGCUUAUCGGAAAAUAUACGAAAAGAUUUGUUUCCGAUAGGAAAAUGUAAUGCAGUUACAAGAAAAAGUUUUCAUCUAUCGUGUGGUGAUUUACCAAAAACUGAAUACAAAUAUGAUACUUACAAGACAUUGUGUUUUGAAGAAAAAAUGCACCAGGCUAUUUUUAAUUGUAAAGUGAAUAAAGGAACUCAAGUCACAAAAAUGAGAAUGAUUGACCAUAUCUACUAUCAGAAUGAUAAAUAUUUGUCUGUCCCAACAACAAAACCACCAUAUAAAAAUGUUGAGAAUCAAUAUACGCCUGAUUUUGGGAAUAAUAACUUUCAACGUUUUGCUUCAAGUCAAAUGAAGAGUUGCCUUUAUUUAAGUAAACAACAACAACUACAGCAGAUAUCGAGGUCACAAAGCUCAAUGCAGCCAAACUUGUUAAUACCAGAAGUGUGUAAGCAGAUGGUGCCACGAAAUCAAAUGAUAUGCAAUUACAUCGUCCAUCAACAUCAACAAAAACAGAAACAAUAGUUUUUGAAUAGUUCAUUUCAGAGUCACUUCAAAUUAGGUAAUACUAACCUGGUAAGAAAUGGGGAACAGACAAACAACAGCGAAAAUAAUAUUAAAUAAAAAAAUAGACCUAGUACCAAAAGCUUAGAUUAUUAUUAUCAAAACAAUGGGAUUAUCUCUAGACCAAUAUACAGAGAUCUUUAAAAAAGCACCAGUGAAUGGUAUUAGUAU